GGACCGAGGUGCAGCCAGUCAGGGAGCACAGUCGCUGGCUAGCUGUCGCUAACACGGUAUUUCUGUCAAGCAUGUUUAGGAGCCCACAACUCCUGGUUUGGACUUACCCCAUGAGACAGUUGCUGCUGUUCAGAGAAUCUCACUUUUCGGCCUUUUCUGAGCACAUGGGUUUUGGAUGGCUGCGAACAAGAUGCGUGAAAGAGAGGACGCAUGAAGCAAAAUGUGGGAAAAGCACAAUUAAGGGUGGACUGUUGUUAUCCUCAAGGACUUCAACGCGUAAGCUAAGAGAGAUUUUACCUGAAAAUCUUCUUUCCAAAGGCACGGUAAGCUUCCGUGAGCACCACCCUCAAGUCUGUGCAAAAACCCAACAAUCGUCUUCUCUCGUCAGCACUUUCUGGAACGGUUUAUUCAACCGGACUUUUCUUCAGCGCCGGAGAAGGCCUUGGGGUCUCAGUCAGACUUCUCUCGGCUGCACCAGCAAUAAUCAGCGUAACUUCCUUCAUCACGUACCAAACUCUUUUAGGUCGUUCAGUUCGUCGACACAGAGGCCGUGGAUUUUAAAGCCGCUUCGCUGUCAACAGUCCCCCGGUCACUCUUUUCGUCUGAUCCAGACUGUCCGUCAGACUGUCCCUCAUGUGGCGGACACCUGGAGAGGCUGCCUGUCCCUCCAAAAUGAAACUCGAUGUCGGCAGGAACUGGUGCCCAACUGGAAACUCUACGACAUGGACAAACUGACAAAAGGGGCGAGUCAGACGCAAGGCGCAAACCAGGGGAGGUGGGCGGCCAUCUUGGUGUCUCUGUGCUCUGUUGAAGGGGAACCUGCUUUUCUUUUUACUCUGCGCUCCAGCACACUGAGAGGCAAACACAAAGGAGAUGUCAGCUUUGCUGGAGGAAAGGGCGAUCCGUCAGACAGAGACGUGGUGGCCACAGCGCUGCGAGAAGCCUGGGAGGAGCUGGGUGUUCAUGUGCAAACGGAGAGGGUUUGGGGUGUGAUGAAACCUCUCAGAGACAGGACAGGGAUGAUGGUUGCUCCAGUGUUGGCUAACCUCGGUCCUUUUGAGGAGUUGGCUCUCAAACCAAACCCCGAAGAGGUUGAGGACAUCUUCACCCUGUCUUUGUCCCACCUGUGUAACCCUCAGAACCGUGGUUACACAAACUUCCGCAGCGGUGAUAAGUAUGGAUACACGCUGCCUGUGUUUCAUAACGGAAAAUAUCGGGUGUGGGGCCUGACUGCAUUUGCUCUGGACCAAAGCCUCAAACUUGUUGUACAUCCAUAGAAGCACCGUCACAGACUUGAAGGUUUUCAGCGCCUGAAGUAUUAAUAAGACACAUUCAUGUAUCAAAAUCACACCAGAAAUCAAAG